UGACUUUGGUAGUCCCUCCCCUUGCGGACAUGGAAGGUCAACACCGGAAAGAGGUCAUGGUUCAUUCAAAAUGGCGGCUCCCGUGUGUUUGUGUUAUCGGGUCUGCACUGGAAGAGGUUUGGUGCCAUCCCCCUCCUCUUACCUGAGGCUUUACUACAGACCAAAUGUCUUCAGGAUACGUGGGCUUCUUUCAAGUUCCUCGCAUACGCCUGGUUCACCCCCUCUACAUGUGAGGUAUCUGUCAGCAGAUCGGGGGGGUGGCCGGAAAGGUUUUCUUGGGGAGUUUUUGGACAACCUGAAGCAGGAGCUAAAUAAAAACAAGGAAAUGAAAGACAACAUCAAGAAGUUUCGAGAAGAGGCAAAAAAACUGGAGGAGUCAGAAGCCUUGAAACAAGCUAGAAGAAAAUAUAGAACUAUUGAAUCUGAAACGGUGAAGACAUCUGAGAUUUUCAAGAAGAAGAUGGGAAACAUCUCUGAGACAGUAAAGGAGGGGCUGGAAGAGGUCAGUCGGACGGAAAUUGGAAAGAAAAUUAAAGAAGGGAUGGAGGAAGCGGCAAAAACGGCUAAGACUUCAGCUGAGUCUGUCUCCAAAAGUGGUGAGAAGCUGGGCAGGACCAGUGCCUUUAAAGCAAUAUCUCAGGGCAUGGAAAGUGUAAAGAAGGAGAUCGGUGACCUGGGUCACGCUGGCCCUUAUCGGCCUCCUGUCAAACUCCGUAAGAGAAGUGAGUUCUCCUCCAAGGGUCGAGGGGACGACGGCAAGGUCUAUGAAGCCAACGAGGAUGCUACAGGUGUGGUGCUCCACAAGGACUCAAAAUGGUACCAGCAGUGGAAGGAGUUCAAGGAUAACAAUGCAGUCUUCAACAGGUUUUUUGAGAUGAAGAUGAAGUACGAUGAGAGUGACAACGCCCUCAUCAGAGCAUCUCGUGCCGUCACGGACAAGAUGACGGACCUGAUAGGUGGACUGUUCUCUAAGACAGAGAUGUCUGAGGUCCUAACAGAAAUUUUAAAGGUUGACCCUUCUUUUGACAAAGACUCCUUCUUGAAGCUGUGUGAAAAAGACAUCAUCCCCAACGUACUGGAGGCGAUGGUCAGAGGGGAGUUGGAGGUGUUGAAGGACUGGUGUUACGAGGCGACGUACAGUCAGCUGGCUCACCCCAUACAGCAAGCAAAAGCCCUGGGUCUUCAGUUCCACUCAAAAAUCCUGGACAUUGACAAUAUUGACCUGGCCAUGGGAAAGAUGAUGGACCAGGGUCCUGUGCUGAUUAUCACCUUCCAGGCUCAGUUAGUCAUGGUGAUCCGAAACACCAAAGGAGACGUUGUGGAGGGAGAUCCUGAGAAAGUGCUGAGGAUGAUGUAUGUUUGGGCACUUUGUCGAGACCAGGAGGAACUUAAUCCAUAUGCCGCCUGGAGACUACUUGACAUUUCCGCAUCUAGCACCGAACAAAUUCUCUAAGACUAAGAAGAAAAAAAAAAGAAAAGAAAGAAGAACUCACAUGGGAGCAGAACACACUGUACCUGACCAGGCUGCAGAACUGGAGCAGGAGAACGGGUGGAGGGAGGACAGAGGAGGAGGAAAACAAAAAAAAAAAACAGAUGGAAAUGAGAGGCUCACUGCACAACAGGGACAUUUUUGGAGAGAUCCUGCUGCUUUACACCUAACGCUUCGUUCUCUGUUUAUGCUGCACUUGAACAUUGGGCUCAGGCACUUCAUUAAAGAUUUGACACUGUUUCUGUGUUUCACACUAGGGGGCGACAGACUCAAAGAAACCGGUUGAAUCUCAGCACCGUCUGCAGUACCUGUGCAGCUGUCGGUCCAUCCAGUCUGUUUGGUGCAGAAUACUGGGCUGAAAAUAGAUGUUGACCUUGCAUUUAAAUGGAUUCAUUUGUACCCGUGGCUUUUUAAGAUCAUUCUCUGAAACUCAAGACGUGUUUGCAAAUAUUUAAGUUCUCACUGUCCCGCUGAGGCGCUGUUAUUGUGGUGACUGAUGGUGUCAGCAUUCUCCUCGAAUCUUGUUUGUUUGACACUUUGUCAUUUCGAAA